UCGGGGACUGCUAAGGAAAAAACAAAAGUGAUCGUCUCUUCUAAAUUCCUUACAGUUACCUCAAGUUGUCAACUAACCUCUCCUUCUCCAUCUGAGCUACCAUGUUCCUUCCCUAAACCCUCACUUUCCUUUUGUUUCCCGAGAAAACUAUCCAAAUUCGUCUCAUCUACUCCUCUUAUUCAUUUAUCCAAUUUAAUUUAGUUUAACAAUCUAUCUUCCAUGGCGACUUCUAAUAAGCCCCAGAGGUCUCUCGAAGAAAUCGAAGACAUAAUUCUUCGCAAAAUCCUGCUAAUUUCCCUAACUGAUUCUAUGGUAACUGAUUCUCGAAUCGUCUACUUGGAGAUGACUGCAGCUGAGAUCCUUAGCGAAGGCAAAGACUUGAAGCUCAAUCGCGACCUGGUGGAACGCGUGUUGAUUGAUCGGUUAUCCGGUCAAUUUCCCGGUGGCGAGCCUCCUUUUCAGUAUCUCCUUGGCUGCUACUGCCGUGCGACGGAAGAGGAGAAGAAAAUCGCUAAUAUGAAGGACAAAAAUGUCAAAUUGGAGCUGGAUGUUUCAAUCAAACAGGCGAAGAAGUUAUUCGUUUCGUAUUGUAGAAUUCAUUUAGGGAAUCCAGAUAUGUUUCCUUUUAAUUCUGAUCCUAGAAAGUCUAAUGUUUCACCGCUUUUGCCUCUCAUUUUUGCGGCGGUGGAUGAAUUUAAUAGCGGUGGAACCCAGCCGCCGCCUCGGAGGUUUUGGGAUGAUUUGUUUCUGGAUGGAGAUUAUGAUAGCUUGGACCCAAUAUUCAAAGGGCUUUUUGAGGAUUUGAGAGGGAAUGUCAUAAAGGUGUCGGCUUUAGGGAAUUUUCAACAGCCAUUAAGGGCUUUGGCUUUUUUGCUUCGUUUUCCUGCGGGAGUUAAGGCUCUUGUCAGUCAUCCAUGGUGGAUUCCUAAAGGGGCUUACUUGAAUGGAAGAGUUAUUGAAAUGACUAGUAUUUUGGGACCCUUUUUUCAUGUUAGUGCUUUGCCUGAUCACACUAUUUUCAAGAGUGAACCAGACGUUGGGCAGCAGUGCUUCUCUGAAGCAUCAACUCGUCGCCAAUCUGAUUUGUUAUCUUCAUUCACCACAAUCAAGACUCUUAUGAAUAACUUAUAUGACGAUCUAGAACAAGUUAUUCUUACUCUCCUUAAAAACAGUGACGCCCGUGAAAUUGUUCUUCAGUAUCUUGCUGAGGUGAUCAAUAGAAACUCAUCAAGAGCUCAUAUCCAGGUUGAUCCUAUAUCUUGUGCAAGUUCUGGCAUGUUUGUUAAUCUAAGUGCUGUCAUGCUUCGACUCUGCGAACCUUUUUUAGAUGCAAGUUUGACGAAAAGGGAUAAAAUUGAUGCAAAAUAUGUGUUCUACAGUAACCGUUUGGAACUAAGGGGGUUGACAGCCUUACAUGCAUCAUCAGAAGAAGUUUCUGAGUGGAUUGAUAAAGAGCAUGGACAAAUAGAUGUCUCUAUGCAAUCGGGCAAUAGUGAAAAUCGCUUGCUUCAAUCUCAAGAAGCCACCAGUUCUGGUAGCACUGCUGACAAGCCUACAUCAAGUAGUGGUAAAAAGGUCAAAUACACAUUUAUUUGUGAAUGCUUCUUUAUGACUGCAAGAGUGCUCAACUUAGGUCUGUUAAAAGCAUUUUCAGACUUCAAGCAUCUGGUCCAGGACAUUUCAAGAUGUGAAGAUACCCUCUCCACGCUAAGGGCCAUGCAAGAGCAGGCACCUGCUCAACAACUGGAGUCGGAUAUCGCUCGCCUUGAGAAAGAUUUAGAGUUGUAUUCACAGGAAAAACUUUGCUACGAAGCUCAGAUUUUAAGGGAUGAAGCAUUUAUUCAGCGUGCCCUUUCUUUCUACCGUUUACUGGUGGUUUGGUUGGUGGGUCUGGUUGGUGGAUUUAAAAUGCCCUUGCCACCAACAUGCCCUAUGGAAUUUGCAUCCUUGCCUGAACAUUUUGUGGAAGAUGCCAUGGAAUUGCUUAUAUUUGCUUCCCGGAUUCCGAGAGCUUUGGAUGGAGUCUUGUUGGAUGAUUUUAUGAAUUUCAUUAUCAUGUUCAUGGCCAGUCCAACAUAUAUUAGGAACCCUUAUUUAAGAGCAAAGAUGGUUGAAGUAUUGAACUGCUGGAUGCCUCGUAGAAGUGGUUCAUCAGCUACAGCUACAUUGUUUGAAGGGCACCAAUUGUCCCUUGAGUAUCUUGUGAGGAACCUCUUGAAGCUUUAUGUUGACAUUGAGUUCACAGGUUCUCAUACCCAGUUUUAUGACAAGUUCAACAUCCGACAUAACAUUGCUGAACUUCUCGAAUACCUAUGGCAGGUCCCAAGUCAUCGAAAUGCUUGGAGACAGAUUGCAAAGGAAGAGGAAAAGGGUGUCUAUCUGAAUUUCUUAAACUUCCUGAUCAAUGAUAGCAUCUAUCUUCUUGAUGAAAGUCUGAACAAAAUUCUUGAACUUAAAGAGUUGGAAGCUGAGAUGUCGAACACAGCAGAAUGGGAGAGAAGACCAGCUCAAGAGAGGCAGGAGAGAACCCGUCUUUUCCACUCCCAAGAGAAUAUCAUUCGGAUUGAUAUGAAACUGGCAAAUGAAGAUGUGAGCAUGCUAGCUUUUACAUCAGAGCAAAUUACAGCACCUUUCUUACUUCCUGAGAUGGUACAUGUUUUUUGGCUUCCAGCUUGCCUAUAUAUGCUUGUUGACAGAGUAGCCAGCAUGCUCAAUUACUUUUUGUUACAACUUGUGGGUCCCCAAAGAAAAUCUCUAAGUCUUAAAGAUCCUGAGAAGUAUGAAUUUCGUCCAAAGCAGUUGCUUAAGCAGAUUGUCGACAUAUAUGUUCAUCUAGCGAAGGGUGAUACAGAAAACAUUUUCCCAUCUGCCAUCUCAAAGGAUGGCCGGUCAUACAAUGAGCAGUUAUUUAAUGCUGCAGCUGAUGUCUUAAGAAGGAUUGGGGAAGAUGGGAGGGUUACACAUGAAUUCAUUGAGCUCGGUAAAAGAGCCAAAGUUGCAGCGUCAGAGGCAAUGGACACUGAAGCUGCGCUUGGAGAGAUACCAGAUGAAUUCCUUGACCCCAUUCAAUACACUCUAAUGAAGGAUCCGGUCAUCUUACCUUCUUCAAGAAUAACAGUUGACAGGCCUGUAAUUCAAAGGCAUCUUCUCAGUGAUGCGACUGAUCCAUUCAAUCGAUCCCAUCUCACUGCGGACAUGUUGAUUCCAAAUAUCGAGUUAAAGGCAAGAAUUGACGAGUUCAUUAGGUCCCAAGAAUUAAAAAGGCACGGGGAUGACUUCAGUAUGCAAAGCUCUAAAGCAACAAUUCAAAGAACAACUGGGGAAAUGUUAAUUGAUUAGGGCAGUAGGCAUUGCUGUAGAUUCUUGGAUUCGUGAUGGCGAAAUGUGUUCUUAUAUUUUGGGAAAGACCGGGAAGAUUUACAGAAUCAAAUUGUGGCAAGUUGGUUGUAGCUGUGACCGCUUGUGCAUUUAUUAUCUUAUUGUAAGAAUUAUAGGCAAGAAAUUCCAUUUAUAUUUUAUUAUCUGAUUGUAACAAUUAUAGGAAAGAAACUCCACUCCAUUUACAUUAUUUAUACAAGUUCACGACAGCUUUGACUUUGA